GGAAGAUACGUUUACAGAGAGGAAGGCUCUUGGCCCCCGCUGCGCAUCUGCUUUCAACGCCUUCUACCUGUCUCCAGGAUCACUCCCACUAAGAGAUAAGUUUUCAGCGCUCCGGGGGUCCCAAGCAUUUCGCUCUUCUUGGCCUGAUCAAGGAGAAAACUCUUCUUUCUUGCAGCAGCGCUCUCUUUGUUCGGCGCACCGUUUCUAUCGCUGCAAAACUGUUUGCUUCUGACCUGCCGGAGUACUUGCGGGGGGGUCAGAACAAGGAACAAAGGAGAAUGACGGCUUUUGUCAAAAGCCAUUUGUGAGGUCCACAUUUCAGUGUCGAUCCAUUCAAGAUGGAAGAGUCAAGACCGAAAAAAACACCAGGGAUCGCCGCUCAAGAGACCGGGCCCGGGCCGGGCUGCUACAGCUUGCCUCCGACAAUCGGAUUCGUCAGCCACGACUACACCCGCUUCGCCAGUCCGGCCUAUUCUUUCCACCAGAGACUUAACAACAGCAUAUAUCUGAAAGAUGCAAGUCCUGGACCAUGUUACUAUGUAGAACCCGAGGUCACCCGCUUUGGCAGAAUCAGAGGCCCUUCUUAUUCAAUGCUGGCUCGACCAAAACCUCCAGGUCUGCCACGGACUCCUGGGCCAGGCACUUACAGCCCCGAAAGGGUCCCACCUCCAUCCCAACAGAGACCACCGUCUUUCUCCUUGGGGGCCCGCACGAAGUACCGCCCGGUGGAUCAUGUCCCUGCCCCCAACAGCUACACCCUUCCCACACUUCUGGGCCCGCGAAUCCCCAGCAAACCCUCCAGCCCCUGUUUCACGAUCUCUGGACGGAACGACAAAGGCAGCUAUUCCGAAGAUCUGUCUCGAACACCCGGACCGGGACGCUAUAGCACCACGGACCCCAACGUUUACUUGUGCCGCCUGCCAGCGUUCUCCAUGCUGGGGAGACUCCGGAAGCCUUCCGGCGCCUUCCCCACCCCGGGCCCGGGAACACACAGCCCCGAAAAGGUAAUAGCGCACUGGAAAAGGUCCCCUUCUUACUCCCUGGGGAUUCGCCACUCGGAAUACCUCAUGCCCCUCAUCGCAGACGCUCCAGAAUGGUAGUGGAAGAGAACGUCUGGACCAAACCUCUGGGCACAACUGGUCAACCGCUGUGCUGCACAACUUGUGCAUGGCAAACAGCCCGGGAGUCAGUUACCUGAACUUUCACCUGACUUGGACUCCAUAGGAUUUAAAACACGGGGCGGGAAAGCAUAGUCAAGCAUCCGUCAGGUGACAGAUGAUGAGAUUCCAACUCCACCCCAAUCUUCUGACAUCCUUCUGUCCUUGAGAGCAGCAG